GUACCGGAGGUGAACGAGCGUGACGCAACGCGAGCGAGGACGCACAAGUGCAGCGAACCAUAGGAGACACAUUUCUCUGUGCUCCGCUGGACUACAGCAUUACCACACGCGGAAGGGCACUACGGGAAGAGUUACAAAGCCGUGUCCAUUGAAAACACUCGAUCGAAUACGACCAGUUGGCAGAUCUCAACACAGAAGGGAAAGAGGAGAAAUAAAAGCAUCGAUCUUCGAGUUUUUGGAUGCGGCUUCAGCAAUCGUUUACAUUGAAACGAACUACCCGCUGCUGUAUGUGCUGCUCUGUGCCUUCGCGGCAAACGUUCAUUACCACCUCUUUCAGCCUGCACCCAUGAUACAUUAUCAUCCGCGUACGGGCAGGUUUCAUUGCGUGAAGCGGACACGCGUGAGCCGCCGCAGAGGCUGGGAGGUGCUGUGUCCCACGCCGCAGUCGGUGCAACGCCUCACGACGCUGCAACUCGUCUUCGAUGCCUUUCUCAGCGGCGUGGAGGACGAGACCGUGACAAAGAUGGCCAAACGACCAGCACGGUGGGUAGGGCUGCCGUCCGCCCCGGCGCUGGGCAGGGCGGUGCGCGAGUUUAUGCUCCGCCGCUCCUUCACCCUGCGGGAGUUCAUUAUGACACUGCUGCUGCCCAGCCUCCGCGUGGCUUUGGAGUUUCCUACGUUGUUUACGGCAGCCUCUCCCAGAGAAGACUCGGCGCCCACUACGGUGGAGGAUAUCGGUGCAAUGCGCAACUGCUCCGUCGUGGUCAACCAACCCGUCGUCUCCUUCACACGCCGGCAGAUGUGGUGUCUGCUUUCCAACAUGUUCUUCCGCACUUUCGCCUCCCGCACAGAGGCGGUCACCCGCGACGACGCUGAGGUCGGCGGCGCAGAUGAUCUCGACUGGGUCGAUGCGCGGAUGCUGCCGACGACGGAUUACACUGAAAUUUUUGCCGCACCGGACGGCGCGAACAACGUGGAGGUGACGAAGCUGCUGCUGUUGUUUGACUUCUUGACGGACGCGCAGCGGUGGACACCGCUGCAUGGCGCUGAGGUGGAGAUGACGGCGUACCGGCUGCGUGUCGCGCCAGCCGUUGCACAAGGACUUCUGCCAAAACAUUGGUGUGCGGUGGCGACGGCAUCGGCGUUCUCCCCGGCUUCGUCGCUGUCUUCCACGUUGGGCCCGCUGCUGCCGGUGGUGCUGCACCCACUAGCGGAGAGCAUCGAUGAUCAGCAAGGCAUGAUUCGGCUGGACUUCGCCAAUCGCUGGAUCGGCGGCGGCGCCCUCUCCGGCGGUGCGGUGCAGGAGGAGAUCACCUUCGCCCAGUGCCCCGCCCUCAACGCCCUCCGCUGGUAUCAGAGCCGCAUGGGCCACGCUGAGUCGAUCGUCGUGACGGACUACCGGCAGUACGGCCGCGUGCAGGCCGGCACGUACGGCAGCCUCCUGAGCUACGGCGAGGCUUUUUGCCCUCCGCGGACGUGCCGGGGGGCGCUGCUGGCAGUGGACGCGUUGGACUUUCGCUCCGACACCGUCGACGAGCACAGCCGGGCCGCUGUGUACCGCGAAGUGAUGAAGCUGGUCAGCGGGCUCUCCGGUGCGGCGGUGCAUGCGUUACCUGCCGUUGCAGGCGGCAACUGGGGCUGCGGCGUGUUUGGCGGCGACUACGAGCUAAAGUUUUUGAUUCAGUGGGCCGCGUGCGGCAUCGCUGGGAAGGAGCUGCACUACUGCCCUUUCGACAAUAACGCCUUUGAGGGCUUUGUGCCGCGAGUCAAGGACCGACUGGAGCGUGGAUGCGUCCCGGCCCUCACCACGUCCAAUCUCAUCACGUUUCUCUACCAACUGGAGGACGCGCCGGAUCAAGGCGACGACGAGGCCGCACCGGAGGAGAUGAGGACGGCAACAACAGGGGAGGCAUUUGGCUUUGUGUGGUCGUCCUUCUUGCGGCACUUUCGCCUCCUGCGCGAGGAAGAGAGCAGCACUAAAGAGAGCAGCUGA